CCCCUAGACACCCGGUCCGCUUCCGUCUCCUCGGCGCGCACGCGCCGUCGUAGGCGUGUUUUGACAGCUCAGGCCGAGGAGGAGCCGGUGUCGCGAGAGUUGGCGGCGCGCCUCCUAGUGAGGGCUGUCAUUAUGGCGAGCCUGGGAAGCGAGGACGAGCGGGAGCCUCUCCUGGGCCCCGGCUCGCCCGGAAGCAGAGAAUGGGACACGGUAGAAACACAAGAGCAUUACAAGAGUAGAUGGAGAUCUGUUAGGAUUCUGUACCUCACUAUGUUUCUCAGCAGUGUGGGUUUUUCUAUUGUGAUAAUGUCAAUCUGGCCAUACCUUCAAAAGAUUGAUCAGACAGCCGAUGCAAGUUUUUUAGGCUGGGUUAUUGCUUCAUUUAGUCUUGGCCAAAUGGUAGCUUCACCUCUAUUUGGUUUAUGGUCUAAUUAUAGGCCAAGAAAAGAACCUCUUAUCGUCUCCAUCUUUAUUUCGGUGGUAGCCAACUGCCUAUAUGCAUAUGUUCACGUACCAGCUGCUCAUAAUAAAUACUACAUGUUGAUUGCUCGUGGAUUGGUGGGAUUUGGAGCAGGAAACGUAGCUGUUGUUCGAUCAUACAUUGCUGGUGCUACUUCCCUUCAGGAAAGAACAAGUGCCAUGGCCAAUACGAGCACAUGCCAAGCUUUGGGCUUUAUUCUGGGUCCAGUUUUUCAGACUUGCUUUGCACUCAUUGGAGAAAAGGGAGUAACGUGGGACACCAUUAAGCUGCAGAUCAACAUGUACACAGCACCAGUUUUACUUGGUGCCUUCCUGGGAAUUGUAAACAUUAUUCUGAUUCUCUUUAUAUUAAGAGAGCAUCGUGUAGAUGACUCAGGACGGCAGUGUAAGAGUGUGAAUUUUCAAGAAGAAAAUACAGAUGAAGUUCAUAUUCCUGAAGGAAGCAUUGAUCAAGUUGCUGUUGUGACUACCAAUAUUCUGUUUUUUGUGGUUUUGUUUAUUUUUGCCCUGUUUGAAACAAUCCUCACUCCAUUAACAAUGGACAUGUAUGCCUGGACCCAGGAGCAGGCUGUGCUCUAUGACGGAGUAAUUCUUGCUGCUCUUGGAGUUGAGGCAGUUGUUGUUUUUAUGGGUGUUAAAUUACUUUCCAAAAAGAUUGAUGAGCGUGCCAUUCUCCUGGGAGGUCUCGUGGUUGUAUGGGUCGGCUUCUUUAUCUUGUUACCCUGGGGAAAUCAGUUUCCCAAAGUACAGUGGGAAGAUUUACACAACAGCUCAAUCCCUAAUACUACACUUGGAGAAAUUAUUAUAGAUCUUUGGAAUUCUCCAAGAGAAGAUCACAGUGAGCAGCCAACCGGGUGCCCAAUUGAACAAGCCUGGUGCCUGUAUACCCCGGUGAUCCAUCUGGCCCAGUUCCUGACAGCUGCUGUGCUAGUUGGAAUCGGCUAUCCAGCCUGCAAUGUCAUGUCCUAUACAUUAUAUUCAAAAGUUCUAGGACCCAAACCCCAGGGUAUGUACAUGGGCUGGUUAUCUGCUUCUGGAAGUGCAGCACGGAUUCUUGGGCCUGUGUUCAUCAGCCAUGUGUACACUUACUUGGGCCCACGAUGGGCAUUCAGCCUUGUGUGUGGAAUAGUGGUGCUCACCAUUUCACUCAUGGGAGCCGUUUACAGAAGACUUAUUGCCUUUUCUGUCAGAUGUGGGAGGAUCCAGGAAUAAACUAGCAGUCUCUGCUGGAUGCUUGCUGCCAACCAUCUCCAACUCAGCCUUGAGUAUCAAAAACAUGUGCUGAGUAAGUUAACUAUGAAUGGUAAUGUGUGAAAAUACAUUCUGGGUCAUAAUCUCUUUAUCAAAAGUGAAUUAUCUUUAUUGUACUUAACUGAAGUUCACGAACUCAAUAGUGGGUGGAUAAUGUUUGUAGGUGCAAAACUGCACUCAAUAUAAACUGUGAAGCUCUCCUGAAAACAAUGGGACUAUGAAAGUGGAACUGGAGGAAAAUUCUGUUUUAAUCAGCCAGGGCAGACUGAAACAUUUUUUAAACAAAAAUACAAAUAUUUUAAUCAAAGUUUUUUCUUUUUUUAUGAAAAUGCACUAUUAUUCAGUUUCCUAAUGAAAUAAAACUGAGCCUUAAAUUCUUGUAGCUUGCCCACCACCAGACUAGGCUUAAGUUUUUCUUUCCUGCUCAGGGUGAACCCAUUGACUCUCCCUCAGUGUAAUUUGCACAUUGCACCUUUGUCUACUUUAACUUAGAAUCUCACUUCUAAAUUAACCUGUGAGCAAGAAUAAUGCUAAUAUCUGAGGAGUAAAGAGAACUAAGAGUCAAGGUGGAUUUUACUACCUUUAGAAGGGCUACCUUUUCAAGUGCUUGUAAAUUCACAUUAGAAACAUAAGACAAAUGUGUUUUUUAAUGGUAUUAGCAGCAAAUGGAUUCUUGAAAUUAUCACUAUUUUCCACGGGCGUUGGUGGCUCACGCCUUUAAUCCCUGCACUUGGGAGGCAGAGGCAGUCGGAUCUCUGUCAGUUCGAGGCCAGUCUGGUCUAUACAUCGAGUUCCAGGACAGUCUCCAAAGCAAUACAAAGAAAUCUUGUCUCGAAAAACCAAAAAAAAAAAGAAAGAAAGAAAAAUGACUAAGUCCUUUAAACUCUAGUGCAACUUUGAGAUUUUACUGCCCUGUCUCAGUAGUGACAGAGAGGAACUGCUAUUUCCAUCCUGUGCAGACCUGCAGACCCAUUCAUAGAAGCAGAACUAUACAGUUGGACUUUGAAUGCUGUGACAUUCCUGUCUAGUCAUGCUAUGAUUUGAGGUAGAAUGCAGAGUUUCUGGUUCUGUGUGAAUAGAACACUGAUAUGUGUACAGGAAUCUCUGAAAACAUGCAAAAGUGUUUUUCCCAUUCUGUGACCAUGGUUUCAAAUUUGAGCAUGAACAUCAUACUCUCCUCAACUCCACAGUCUACUGAAGUUAUCAACACUAGAUGAUGGCAGCAUUUUGCUUUAGUCAGUUUCUGUUGUCAGGUCCCGGUCACUUCUGACCUUAAAACCCUCUGUGUGUGCUAUGCAGAGACAACAGUAAAAGAGUGAGAGUUCUCUCCAAGUUCCUGUGUUACCCACAGUAAUUUCUCACAGCAAUCUUAGGGCUGAAGAUCCUGUUCCCUGACACAUUUGAAUUAAUGGAGGCAUGGUCCUUGUCUAAGUGUCUUCAGAGGCUUCAGCUGCACUUUUCAGAAAAGGAAAAUUUCCCAGAAGUUGCACUACCAGUUACUUAACUGUGAGGAACUAUUUGUACUAGUGACUCAGACUUGCAGAAAUAUUUGGGGAAAAAAAAUUAAGUGUAAUGAAUGAAGAAGCUUUUUUAUCAGUAUACCAUGUUCCCAGCAAGAACAUAACAAGUUUUCCAGCCCUAGAAUCGUAACACUACAAUUCAGGGAACUAUAACCUAGCAAAAGUGACUACACCUUCUUUUUUACUAAGGCAUUUGUUUCUUGGGAGAGUAGAUUACCACAUACCUCGACACCAAAGAAGUGAGGGAAACAACAGGUUUAGGAAAAGAGCUAAAGUUUUGAAUAGAACAAAGUGAGGAUAAACUGAGUAGCAGACAGAGACCAUAAGGUAUGAAAACUGUUACUACUGUAUAGUAAAUAAGUUGUUCUUGAAAACCUAGCAAAGGGUUAUUUCUUUAGUUGAAUGGAUUGUCACUUCUUAAAGCAUUUCUAGCCAUUAUGCUUCUCUAUAAAACAAGCUCUUCAAGCUCAUUUCUUGUGUUAAAGUGAAAUAAACUUGUGAUUUUUAAUUUAAUGAUGAUAAACUACUAUUUGAAUCUGUUUAAGACUUAUUUUAAAGACAAUUCUGUCUACCAUUUACUAUUAAAGAUUUAUUUAUAACUUUCUCUUA